AUGGGUGCCUGGGCUGACGAUCCUGUUGCGGAGGAGGUGGUGGAGUCGGUGGAACUAUGGUCAUUUAGAUCUGUCUUUGGCUUAAGAUUUACGUGGCAGCAACAGCAGCCCCGAAGGAGAAAGCAGAGAAGAUCAUUGACAACAACGACCAAGAAAUUCUGCGAUGCUGGCGGCGGCUCUAGUAGAGAUAAACGUGUCAUACUCUUGCAAUCUUUAGUCGAUUGUGACAACGAUGAUUUUAUGAAUAUUCUUGAAAAUCAUGAAAGUUUAAUACUAAUUAAUGAAUUGAAUUACGAAAAUCAUUUAGCGCACGUGGAGAAUAAAAUUGUUAGCGACUUAGAGUGUGGCACAAUUAUUAAUGAAUCUAAUAAUAUAUUCCGUUACAAUACUGAUAAUCAAAAUUAUGGUUCUAAAAAUCAGAAUGACGUGAAACAAGAAUUAUUUCAAGAUAAUCAACAUCAAGCACCGCGAAGAUCUAGUAGUAAAUAUAAAGAUGGUAAUACACUAAACUCCCAGAAACUGAAGAAUAUUUUCAACAAUGAUAAAGAUGGAUCAUUUGAAUGUGCAAAAUCUAAAAAAAAAAAUUUAGUUAUUAACAAAGAUAGUACAAAAAAAUUAGUAAACAGUAGCCACAAAUCAUCCUGCUCUCACGUCAAGCAAGUGCAGCAUCAUGUACAGUUCAACCAUAAACUAAUUGAAGGAAACAAACUUCCUCAUAAGAAUAACGAUGGUUUGGAAAAAUUAAGAGUAAGUUCAUCAAUCUCGACAUCAUCAUCCUCUAGUUCUGAGGACAACAGCAGUUUAGGACAUUUGUCAGAAGCGAGACCACCCGACGGUGGCUGGGGUUGGGUCAUUGUUGCAGCUUCCUUCAUGGUCAAUUUGAUUGCUGAUGGUAUUACUUUUUCAUUUGGUGUUAUCUAUCAUGAGUUUCUUAAUUAUUUUGGUGAGGGUAAAGCUACAACAUCAUGGAUUGGUUCACUUUUCAUGGCGAUGCCUCUUCUAUCUGGCCCAAUAGCAAGCUUUUUAACGGAUCGAUAUGGAUGUCGAAAGGUUACCAUAGCAGGGAGUGUAUUAGCCACUACAGGUUUUGUCAUCAGCUACUUUGCCAAUAGUAUGGGAGUCCUAAUAUUGACUUUUGGUGUAUUGGCUGGAUUUGGAUUGUCACUUUGUUUUGUAGCAGCUGUUGUCAUAGUUGCUUAUUACUUUGAUAAAAGAAGAUCUUUUGCAACAGGAUUAUCAGUCUGUGGUAGCGGAAUAGGUACCUUCAUAUUUCCACCUCUUAUUCAGAAAUUAUUGAAUGAGUAUGGAUGGAGAGGUACAACUUUGAUAUUGGCGGGGUUAUUUUUGAAUUUAGCGAUCUGUGGUUGUCUGAUGAGAGAUCUUGAGUGGACAACAAUAAGAGCUAGAGUUAAGACGGAAGAACGACGAAGAAAUCGUGAAAAAAAAAGGCUUAAAGUACAAAGUUCAAGCGCAGAUUCUUUUUCAGCGAAUAGUUCUAUAAACGCUGCACAAACGAUGAAUGGAGAUUCAAAACGUGCUUUUGCCUCGGCCAACGCAAUGAUUAUUGAAAGUCUGAAGCUUCAAGACGAACAUGAAGGAGAUAAAUUAUUUUCUAGUCUCGUUAGUCUACCGACAUUUGUAAAAAAUGGAGAGAAAGUACCAUUGGAGGUAUUGGAACUAUUGAGUACCAAAAAGAACGUGUAUAAUGUAUUGUUGCAAAAUUAUCCAAGUUUAUUGAUUUCAUCAAAAAGUUUUAGUGACUCAGGUGGGCUUCAUGAUCAGAUAAAUAAAUCAACAGCAAGAUUUAUAUCUGUUGCCAGUCCACUAGUAAAUCAAGAUAAAAACAAAGUAAAUAAUGAUUCGUUACCGUUUCGAGAAGUAGAUGAUCGAACAGAACUCGAUUGUCAGAAUUGGUGGCUGAAAAAACCUAAUCCAGAUACGCAGUUUCGACGGGCAAGUGCAUUAGAGCAUCCCAGAAGAUUGCCCACAGCUUAUCUUAAGGAUAUUCGCGUACAUAGACAUAGUUUGACAUACCGUGGUGCCAUGUUAAACAUUAAUAGAUACAGACUACGUGCAAGCAGCUGUCCGGAUAUAUAUCGAAAUUCAAUGACAACCAUUGCCAAACAGAAAAUGAUUUGGUACGCUGGACUUUGGGAAUUCUGGGACCUACUAGUGGACAUGCUAGAUUUCUCUCAUUUUUCUGACUCUCGUUUUCUACUGUUUUCAAUCAGUAACUUUCUAUUGCACACAUGGUAUGACGUGCCUUACAUGUACCUCACUGAUAAUGCUAUCGAAAUGGGAUUCAGUGAUACGAAUGCUUCCUACCUCAUUUCUGUUAUUGGCAUCAUGAACAUGGCUGGCGAGAUCCUUUUAGGAUGGGCGGGUGAUCGAGCGUGGGUGAACGCAUCGAUGGUGUAUGCAGUAUGUAUGGCACUGUGUGGGAUCUUUACCGCACUGAUACCGUUGACAAUCAAAUGCUACUAUAUGCUGAGCGCAAUUGCGGGUGCCUUUGGCUUUUUUAUCGCCGCCAACUACAGUCUCACCAGCAUCAUCCUCGUCGAGGCUAUUACUCUGGACCGAUUCACUAAUGCUUAUGGACUAUUACUUCUCGUGCAAGGCAUAGCUAAUCUUAUGGGUCCGCCUCUCGCAGGUUGGCUGUAUGACAUAACUGGUACAUAUGACCUUUCGUUCUACCUAGCGGGUUUCUUCAUUGGCCUAAGUGGAAUGAUGUUGAUGGUGAUGCCACUGAUAGACGUAUAUCGAAGGUUCAAGAAAUCGAAUGCUCGCAAACGAACCAAUGACACAAGCCGCAAUUUCGCCGAUAUCAAUAAUGUCUGAAAAAAUAUCAAUGAAGCAGAAAAUCAACCGGAUCUGACUCGUUAUGUAACAAUGUCAAACAUUGUUGCGCCAUAACACUUUCAUAAACAUGAAUAGCAUAUUGCAAGAAAUGAAAUCCAAUUUGUGAUCUUAAGGCGGUUAUAUUUAUUUAUAUUACAGAAAUUAAAAAUUAUAAUAAUUAAAAAUAAUGAACAAUUUUCAUUCAGAAGCUGUACCUCCUUUUUAUAGAGGAACAGACGAUUAUUAAAAAUAAUUAUUAAAUGCA